GAGCCCCUUCCUAGGAUCGAUGAUCUGUUGGAKAUGGUGCAGGGCYGCACGAUCUUCAGCAAGAUCGAUCUCAAAUCUGGUUACCACCCGAUUGWGAUGGCCGAARGCGAUGUCCAUAASAMAACYUUCAAGASCAGGUAUGGGACAUACGAGUACCUGGUCAUGCCUUUCGGUCUCUGCAAUGCCCCUGGCACUUUCCAAACAGAGAUGCAUCGCAUACUCAGGCCUUACCUGGACAGGUUUGUGGUUGUAUACCUGGAUGAUAUCCUGGURUUCAGUCGAUCUGUCGAGGASCAUGCRCAGCAUCUGGCUCUUGUUCUCCAGGCGUUGCAUGAUGCCCAGUAUAAGAUCAAYAGGGAAAAGUCCUCCUUUGGAGUGACUUCUGUGACUUAUCUGGGACAUGUGAUCUCUGGGGAAGGGUUAGCUCCUGAGGCAACGAAAGUUGCUGCGAUUCAGGACUGGCCACARCCUGGUUCAGUACGUGAUGUGCGGUCUUUCUUGGGUCUUGCAUCCUAUUACAGGAAGUUCGUCAGGAACUUCUCCUCUAUCGCUGCACCCCUGACUGACCUAACAAAGAAAGACACUCCUUUUCUUUGGACAUCAGACUGCCAGCUGUCUUUCACACGCCUCAAGGAGGCCUUGAUGCGUGCCCCUGUUCUGAAGCUACCUGACCCUACAUUGCCUUUUGUGCUCACUACUGAUGCUAGCCAGUAUGGAGUUGGGGCGGUACUUCAGCAGGAUGGUGGGAAUGGUCUGCAGCCUAUCGAGUAUAUGAGCAAGAAGAUCAAGGCAAAGAAGCUGCAGGAUUCUACCUACGAGAAAGAGCUUUAUGCUCUAGUGUCAGCGCUCAAGCAUUGGAAACACUUCCUCCUGUGCAGGCACUUCAAGAUCUUUUCAGAUUACUCUACCCUACAGUGGAUGAGGUCCCAGGGAGAGUUGAAUGACAAGCUUGCGCGCUACAUUUACAGAGGAGAGGAGCGUCUGUGUAUUCCUGAGGACAGCAAGCUCAGAACACUCAUGAUGUCUGAGUGUCAUGAUGCUCGCGGUCAUUUUGGUGCCCUAAAAUCGCUAGCGGCCCUGACUCAGAGAUUCUACUGGAGAGAGAUGCGGAGUGACAUGCUGCGCUAUGUUGAGACUUGUGAGUUGUGCCAGAGGUGUAAGGUUCAGCGUAGACCUCCCCUCGGCCUAUUGCAGCCACUACCCAUUCCUGAGGCACCUGCACAGUCAGUUGCUAUUGAUUUCACUGACUUGGGGAGGACUACUCCUCGUGGUAUGCGUCAGAUAAUGGUAUGUGUGAACCGCUUCUCCAAGUAUGCAGAGUUCAUCCCUCUUCCAGCAGAAGCCCGUGUUCCUGUCGUGCAGGCAGCGUUUGCUGACAAGUGGGUUACUCACCAUGGACCACCCACCUCUAUCGUCAGUGAUCGAGAUCCCCGAUUCUCCAGCAAUGAAUGGCAGUCCUACUGUAAGGACUACCUUCAUUCUAGACUGGACAUGACAUCUGGUCGUCAUCCUGAAGCCAAUGGUCAGGCUGAAGURAUGAACYAGAUCUUAUUUSAGCUGCUGSGUCCUGUGAUCACUCCAGAUCAGCAGGACUGGGAUCUUCAUCUUGGUCGGGCACAGCUAGUGUACAAUACGUCUGUACACUCCUCCACAGGCUUUACUGCCUAUCGUUUACACUGGGGACGUGAGCCUCGCCAGCCUCUCGAUGACAUCAUCGACAAGGCUACUCCCAGGCUGACACCUGGAACUGCCGCAUUCACCAGGCAAUACAAGAAGGACAUCGAGCGAGCCAGAGCUAACCUGCUCAAAGCCCAGACGACUAUGAUUCAGCAGGCUAACCGGCAUCGUCGACCUUCUCCUAUUCGAGCUGGUGACUGGGUGUGGGUUCUCAGUUCUGAGCUAUCUAGAGAGGAGGACAUUUCGCCCAAGCUGCUGCCGCGAUAUAUGGGUCCGUGGCAGGUCUUAGAUUCUGUGGGAGCAGAUCCGUUCGGUCCCUCUUAUACSGUUGUUGUUCCCCCUCAUCUACAGACCUAUCCUGUCUUUCAUGCGUCCAAGCUGCUUCCUUUUACACCAGCUGACGCAUUUCCUGACAGGCCUCCUCAAUUCGGUCSCCCGAUCCCUUGCAAGGGAUAUGAGSUGGAGUGUAUUGAGGACGAGUACGGCACAGGUWCCGAUCUGCAGUAUCUUGUGAAGUUCCUGUACCAUCCUCACACUGAGGAUCGUUGGUACUAUCKCAGAGAACUUCUCAAGACAGCAAAUGCAAUAUUGAUUGCCUCGUCCAAGCAUAAUCAACGAAUAGCUCUGCAACAGGCAAGGGCAAGAGAAGAGAGAGCGUUGAGACGAAGGAUGGAGAUGGAGAUGAAGAAAGCUCGCGGUGGUGGUGGCGAUGCGGAUGAGGAGAGGAUGAUCCUUGACUUCUGCUUCAGCUUCGAAGGAAGUGUUUUUGAGAGACUCCACGUGUCACCCGUCCAGCUAGCCGAGCUCAGCACAUCGUUUGACUAUGAUUAUGAUGCGGAUCUGUUCCACGAAUUCAUUUCAGAGCCAGGAGGAAUUAGUCUCAUGAAGGAAAGCGUUGAUGAUUUUGGCGCCAACUUCAAAGACUAUUGCCGGACUAAGGGGGUUCCGGAAAAUGACGCAGUCCUCCUCGCCGAUAUGGCGACGAAUUUUGCGGCCAAGCUCUUGCAUGGCGAAAAAAAAAAUGAUGAGGAUAAAAAUGACGAUAGUGAUUCUAGUGAUGGGAGUGAUGAAGAGGAGGACAGGCCAUGUACAGAAGUUGAGGAGAUUUCCAUGUUAUUUCUUCGCCAUUUUGUUUCAAACCUCUCCCCUCAGCAUGGGCAGCAUCUUGCGCGCUGGGGCAUGAACGUCAAUCAGAAGAGUGAUCAGACUAUCAGCAAGAAAAUCUACGCCUUCUGCGAGAAGAAGAUCAGGUCAUACGAUAAAAAGCCUUUGAAAGUCCUCCUAGGAAAUGUUAGCGGUUCUCUCGUGGAUUUCGACCUUGUGGGUGCGGACGGUCGAAAAUACCCUUUGCGGAUGCUGAAGUUCAUUGGAGGGUGCGAGAAUCCGCCUAUAUGGCAGGCCCACAUCAGGGAGCGAGAGACAGGUGCACUUAUUGCGAAAGUGCACAACAAGUCAUGGUGGGAGGAACACAUCAGGGUCGUUGCGGAGGAGCUGAUUGAAAGGCAAUACAAGCCGCAUGGAGAUAUCCCGACAAUGCUGAGAGGAUGGUUUACCCGAGACAUUCCAGAGGACAGGCGGAGGGCCUUUGCGGUCAUGGACGACGGUGUGGGCAAAAGUUAUGCAGUGUCCUCACCAGAAGAGUGGCGUAAAAGAGGGUCACAAAUGAGAUUUUACGCAUGAGUAAGAGGGUCACAAGUGAAAUUUUUACGCAUGAGUAAGAGGGACACAAAUGAAAUUUUACGCAUAAG